AGUGCUCGGGCCGCCGUCAGCGCGGAAGGCGGACCGCUGAACUUGAACGCCUGUCGCUCUGUCACGAAACAAAAGCGCCCAGUCACGCCGUUCUGCCGUGCGUCCACACACGUGGUCCACAUGUGCCGGCAGCGUCACGCAGUGACGUCGCGUCAAACGCGCCUUGGCCCCCGCGGCGACCUUGUGCCGAUAUUAGAAGCGAGGGUCGCGGCCGGCCUGGCUCGUCGUAACUGUUCCGCGCGGCCCGCAGUAGCCGCCGCGGACGGCCGGAGCGCCUGCCUGCUCUGCCUCGCCACACGCACCCGAGUGCGUUCCUCAGCUGCGGGCCACACGUGAGCGGCCGCCAUGCGGGCGUGGUUCGUGGCCUUCAGCGUCGCCGCUGGACUGCUGUUGGCAGACGACGGCCAGGCGGCCAACAUCCUGGCGCCCAUCUGGUUCCCGGGGCUCAGCCACUUCCUCAUGUUCCGCCCUCUCUUCGUGGAGCUGGCCGCCAGGGGGCACAACGUCACCGUCAUCGGACACCACCCGCCCAAGACUCCCAUCAAGAACUACAACUUCAUAAGUCUCCAAGGCAGGAUGCCGCAGUUGCACAACAACAUGACGAUGGAGUUCGUGAAGGCGCUGCAGCCCCCCUUGAAGGGCCUGGUGAUGCUCAAGUCGUUCACCAAGGGCAUGUGCCUGGACACGCUGGACAUGCCCGAGGUGCGGUGGCUGGCGGCGUCGGGCGGCCACUACGACGUCGUCAUCUCCGAGUUCUUCCACGUCGAUUGCCUGGCGGCGUUCGCUCACAAGUUCGGCGCCCCCCUCGUGGGGAUCACCUCCAGCAACGCGCUGCCGACGGUCCACGACAGGGUUGGUAAUCCUGAGCAUCCUGCCUACACGGAACAAUACGACCUCUCUCUGAAGGCGCCGUUCAGCUUCUGGGACAGAGUCUACGGCACAGUGAUGCACCAGGCGUUCCGCAUCCUGGACUGGUGGGCGACGGACGCAAGCGUCGACAGCAAAGUGCGGGAAGUGUUCGGUGAGGACACACCUCCACUGGAACACGUGUUCCGGAACACGAGUCUGGUGCUGGUGAACAGCCACUGGAGCAUGGACCAGCCUCUCCCCACCGUGCCCGCCUUCGUCGAGGUGGGCGGACUGCACUUGGAAGAGCCCAAACCACUGCCAAAAGACAUACAGAAGUUCCUAGACGACAGUCCACACGGUGUGAUCUACUUCAGCUUGGGGUCGAUGGUGCGAGUUGAGACCUUCGACCCGGAGAAGUUCAAAGCGAUUAUGGACGCCUUCGCGUCCGUACCCCAACGCGUUCUCUGGAAAGCCGACCCGGCCAACCUCCCGGGACUGCCGCCAAACGUCAGAGCACAGAAGUGGAUCCCACAGAACGAUGUUCUGAACCACCCCAACGUGCGGCUCUUCAUAUCGCACGGCGGGCUGCUGGGGACGCAGGAGGCGGUGGCUGCGGGCGUGCCGACUCUGAUGCUUCCGCUGUUCUCGGACCAGUUCGUCAACUCGGCCAGGGCGGUCGCCGCCGGCAGCGGCCUCCAGCUGCUCUACGACGACAUCGACGACCGCUCGUUCCGGGAGGCGCUCCAGCGGCUGCUCAGCGACUCCAGGUUCCGCGAACGCGCCAAGCACCGGUCGCAGCUGUUCCGGGACCGCCCCCGGCCGCCGCUGGAGGAGGCGGUGUACUGGGUGGAGUAUGUCAUCAGGCACCGGGGGGCGCCGCAUCUCAGGUCCGCCGCGGUGGACCUCGCCUGGUACCAGUACCUGCUCAUAGAUGUCGCCGCCUUCGUGCUGGCUGCGUUGUGCUGCGUCAUAUCAGCACUCUACCUCUUCUCGAAACUAGUGCUGCGGGUCUUAUUUCGAGGGCAGGAGAAAAACGUCAAAUUAAAACCGACAUAACAAGUACCUCGAGAACUUCACAGGUUAGCGCCUUUGCGGAACAACUUCGGUUUCGUUUUGUAAAAGUCCUGGUCCCGGCACAGUGAAUAACCGUAGUUCCUGUUGCGAAAAUUCUAUACACUUAUCUAUAGUAGAGGAACAAUUGCGUGAACGCAGUCGAUUCUGAAGAAUGCUGUUGGUGUGAUUGAGCAUGUGUCUAAAGAAUGCUUUGCAUUCCAUCGUGUGAUGUUUCGGAAGUACACAUAAACAGAUUUCACUAGUCAUUCAGCGUAUCAUCUCGUUUUAAAUGCGUGGGAAACAUAUUUUUCCCAGUUGAGAAUUCCUCUGUUUGAUACUGGGACGUUUGACAGAAGAAAAAACCGCGACUUUGCAAUAGGCCUCAUAGAGAAUCGCUCUGUUCCUUUCAACAGGGAAUUCAAAGUAAAAAAGUAAUAAAUAAUCCAAAUACAAUGAUCGCUAUCCAUCGCAUCGGCUGCGAUCGGUAGCGACAUAGGCACACUGUACAUACAGAGCGAGUCAUGGAUUUCAGUCUGUAGACACAUACGUCAGAUGUAUAUGUAUAUAUAUUUUAUCUGAGACAUAAUGUCUGAUUGUUAAACUGGAUAUACCGGGUGAUCAAAAAGUCAGCAUAAAUUUGAAAACUGAAUAAAUCACGGAAUAAUGUAGAUAUAGAGGUACAAAUUGACACACAUACUGGGAAUGACAUGAGGUUUUAUUAGAAAAAAAAAUACAAAAGUUCAAAAAAGUGUCCGACAGAUGGCGCUUCAUCUGAUCAGAAUAGCAAUAAUUAGCACAACGAAGUAUGACAAAGUAAAGGUGAUGUUCUUCACAGGAAAUGCUCAAUAUGUCCACCAUAAUUCCUCAACCAUAGCUGUGAACAGCACUAUAAAGCAUGUCCGGAGUUAUGGUGACACAUUGACGUCGGAUGUUGUUUUUCAGCAUCCUUAGAGAUGUCGGUCGAUCGCGAUACACUUGCGACUUCAGGUAACCCCAAAGCCAAUAAUCGCACGGACUGAGGUCUGGGGACCUGGGAGGCCAAGCAUGACGGAAGUGGCGGCUGAGCACACAAUCAUCACCAAACGACGCGCGCAAGAGACCUCUCACGCAUCUAGCAAUACUUUUUUUGUUCUAAUAAAACCCCACGUCAUUCUAAGCUUGUGUGUCAAUUUUUACCUCUCUAUCUACAUUAUUCCGUGGUUUAUUAAGUUUUCAAAUUUAUACUGACUUUUUCAUCACCCAGUAGUUCCCAUACCUCGGUUGUGAUCAAGGUUUCCGCACAGGUUUCGUAGGAUUGUAACACAAACGAUGGAACAUAAAAUCCCACCCUUCUAAAUGUUUCUGGUUCCGAGUCCGUCCAUUGCUCCACUACCAUCUCGGCUGAGAAGACUCUAAGUCUACAAUGUACUCAGUAUCGAACCGAACUCUGUGUACUUAGGGAUAGAAAAUGAAGAGUGACAAGAAAAAGGCAACAAAAGUAAGAAAUAUGUUUCUUUUUAGUGCAGAAAUCUUCCACAUAGGUAAUUAUUUCAAAUAGUGCCAUAGUUUUUCGAUUUACAGUUAAUGAAUUUUUACAUUCCCUAAAAACGAAGACCAUUGUUCCUUGCGUGGGAGUAUAGAUCUGAGUACAAUAUAGAGUCUCUCUCUUUUCUCCAUGGUCUCCCUCAAGCAUUAGACCAAUUGGUCCUUCUCGACUUCUGAUUCACUCAUCUUCUGUUGAGUCACCAAAUUUCAUUCUUCCUCUAGAAAUAUAUUGCAGCAGUUGUUUUGCACCACUUUCAUCCCUCAUUCUUUCUAUAUGUUCUUUCCAUUCCUUAAUCCUUUCAUUUAAAUUGUAAAUUCCUACACUUCUCCAGAUGAUCUAGUUUUUUCAUUCGCCUCGUCUUGUUACUGCCUGGACUGUUCUCAAAAAUCUCAUGUCGGCUGCUUGGAGUCGGAUAAUGUGUGCUAGAGUCAUAGUUCACUUUUCUCUCUCAUACAUUCCAUAGUGAACUGCAAUAACUUUAUAAAAUUGUAGCAUGGUGUCCUUUCGUACUUUUGAUAGCACCAUACAUCACAUUAAAUCUCUAAAUAUUUUUUUCAUUAUCCACUUUUCAUUAUGUCACAGCCCAAGAAUCUGAAGUUGUUAACUUGUUCAAUAAUCUUUUAACAUCAGUUUGCAUCAUAAACGCUGUGAGCCUUGGAAUGCCGUAGACUUCGUUUUAUCUCUCGAUAUGCUUCAAUUACGUUUCAUUACUGUUUUAAACAGUACACAGAGUGCUCUCUGUAAUAAUAUACUGAACGAAAUUGUAGCACUGCUGUAAUAUUUGCAUACACAGCAAAUUAAAAGUAUUUAACAACAAAAGUACAUUACUUCAAUGCAUGUUUGAAUCAGAGUUGAAUGACGCACAAGGCUUGUACAAUACAAAUUUGUAGAGUCAUUUAUGCUUAAAGAUUUAUUCUCAAGAUAAAUAUUGUGAUUCUGCAUAAGGAGUGGCUAAGUCGUGUGAAAACGAAAAAGGUAACAAGUAAUCAAAUAAGACGAAAAAUAUUCAUUUCCAGAAGUGGUGGCAAGAUAUUGAUCACAGUUGCUGUUCAGCCCUGGUGAGGAACGAAUAGCAAUGGAAAGCUCAGUAAUGCGUGUACUGUUGUGUUGAGUGAGUAGAUGUACACUCAAAAAGUCUUACGAUAAUUACUCUACACAGUCUUCCUGCUUAUUAUACAGUGUUAAUAGAAGAUAGCAGUUGCUUUGAGACUUAACACCACGUGUUAUUCUGAUGUGAGACCCAUUCUCAGAUGUAGCUGCACAGUACCUGUCUACCUGCAACACCUGAAUGAAACUCGUAUCUUAUUACAUUGUGGAUGUCAAAAACACUGUGGUCGCUCUCGCCCACCUGAAGCUGUAACGAAAGUCGCGCUGGCAGAAGUUCAUGUUAGCACAUGAGCAUCACACUAUACAAUGAGCUAAGAAUUAAUAAGAUGAACCACGCUGAAGAAAUAUAUGGUAGCAUAAGUGAAAUUUUUCUGUACAUUUCCACUUCUUGAAACCACUGAAAGCUGAUCCAGCAAUUUGCUGUAAUAAUAAUAUGAAACUUUUAACAAAAGUGAAUGUGGUCAAAGAAGGUACAAAAUGCUCCAACUUGGGUACAUGGGUACAAGUACUCACCUAUUUGACGCUCUCAUCUUGGAAAUGGCAUUAAAAUUAUGUAGUGAAAUGCUGAACGCCAACCAUAAGGUGAUAAUUGUAGUAUCGACUUUAUAACUCUUCUUAUGCGAGUAGUUAAACAUUAGUCUCAGGGCAUUACAGAUAUUUUUAAUUUCAGGGCUUUGUUAUCCACUUCAGAUAAGAUUCCAUAUAUGUGGAAUACUGGAUUUCAGAAAAAUAUAGACCGUUCUAAAACAAGUACUUUGUAUGUCAAAUAUGAAAUGCAAAGUCUACAGCUCCAGCAAACAAUACUGAACACAUGAUACAAUAUUCCUUAAUGUUGUAUACUUUCCUCACCAUAAAAAUAAUUUUCUCUGGUUGUUUUUCAGAGCUGAUCACAUACGAACUUACAAUUUAUGGUUGUAUAAUUCUUGCAAAGAAAUUAAAAGCUAUAAUAAUUACAA